AAUGGAUUUGAAUGAACUUUGACUUUUUCAAAUUUUUUCAUUAUAAUUUUUAACUUCAACUCCAAAGUUAUGAGAUGCGGAAUUACUGGUCGUGUAAUGAUAAGGAUAGCCUUGCCGACUGUGGAAAAAAUAAUUAAAUCAGUCAAUUAGAUAUUCAAAAAAAAAAAUCCCCCGCCUCCUCGAAGAUGUUAUGUGCCUGAUACGUGACUUUCAGUUUCCAAUCGACAGUUUGUGCGAUAUUCACGACGCAGAUAUAAAAAUUGAAUUGCUACCAAGUAAGAAAAUUAUUAUUGCUCAUAAACGACAGGACCCAUAUCCCCAGCAACCAGGAUGGUCCCAACCGAUCUCACCCUCCAGGUGCCCUGGGGUCACGUGUCGGCGUUGUCCUGGGGAUUGUCUUCAAGGCCAGGAGUUCUCCUGGUCCAUGGUACCCAGGACAACGCAGGUUCGUUUACUCGUCUGAUUCAACUCCUCCCCCCGACGUUCCACUACGUGGCCAUCGAUCUCCCAGGGCACGGCUUCUCCUCGCACUUCCCCCAAGGUAUGAACCUGGACUUCUUCAACUUCGUCCUGACCAUCCAGUACGUCCUAAACGAGCUGAAAUGGAAGAACUGCUUCUACAUAGGGCACAGCUUCGGUGGAACACUGGGAGUCAUGUUCUCCAUUCUUUUUCCCGGUCGACUCCAGAAGAUCGUCACCGUCGACUCCCUCAUCCCCGUUGCCUACGAGUACGAGCAAGUCCCCGAUCGUCUGAAAACCGUCUUUGAUGCCACCCUCUUCGACCUCCAGAGGAAGGAACCAACUCUCUACACCAGGGAACAGGUGCUCGAUGCAAUAAUGAACAAGAGACAGUUCAGCCUGUCUCGAGAAGCAGCUGAAGCCCUGAUUGUGAGAGCUGUCACUCAAGUUGGGGACAAAUACAGAUACAACCGGGAUGUCAGGAUGAGAGCUCACGUCGGCCUUUACUUCGUAGAGGGCCAGAACUUCGAGUUCCUCAAGCGUCUCAGGACUCCUGUGAUGGUGAUAGUCGCCAAGAAUUCCUGGUUCGGACUCGUGAACAAACUCCCAGUGGUGAUGAUGUACGCGAAAAAAUUUUCAGACGUCCUAACCCUCGUCCACGUCGACGGCAAUCACGAUGUCCAUAAUAAUAAUCCGGAGAGAGUCGCCCCACACGUCCUCUCCUUCUUCGGCAACGGUACAACGAGCAAAUUAUGAGGAACAGAUAUUUUCGUGAUUAUCCCGUGGAUAAUUUAUUUAAUUAUCUCAUUAACCAAUUCAAGAUUCAAUAUCAUUUCAUUAUAGUUGAAUUGUUUUCCAUUUACAUCGGCUCUAAUUAUUACAGCCGUUUAUAUUCCUCAAUUCUGUAAUUAUCCAACUAAUCAAUAAAUGCAGUUAUUUAUCUAA